AUGAUAUUUCGCAUAGAGCACCUGCUACCCAGCACCAGCAGAGGAUCGCCGGGUAUUGCCCCGAGCACUACUAGAACAACACCAACAACGCCACACUCGCCACCACCUUCAACUCGGAUGGAAGCUACCAGCAGCACUUCGACUGCGAUGACCGCCAAGCGUUCUAAACCACGUGCCACAUGCACCGGUGUCCUCCUCGCACAAUUUACACCCAAAGAUACGUUGUCCGAAGCGAUACCAACAUAUGCACUCAUGAGCACUGCCAACACUAUGGCCGCUGCGGAGUCUACUACGGCAUUUUGUACGCUUUCUCAAGGUGUGCUGCGCAUGAGUCCCGAACUGUUGAGACGCAUAAAACUCUCGGAGGAUGUGCACAGCUAUAAUGCGCUAUUUGAAUUGCAGCCGGGCGGUAUGGUGCAUGUGCGAACUGUGCGCGAUGUGCCGCGUGACGAGGAAAUAGUGGCGUGGUUUGGCGAGGAGGUGGCGCUGCUUAUGUCUAUACCGUUUCUUGCGCCACUUAAUAUACAAGGCAAUAAACGUUACACUUGUCACCUCUGUCAGCUGUCGUUCGAAACACCGAAUCCGCUAAAAAUCCAUUUGGCUCUCGCAUGUGGUCGUCACUCUAUGGAUAUACUCUGGAUACGCUUGCAUUACGCUCUAAAAGCGUCCAGCUACACACAGCAACAACGUGAGCUGCUUGCAGCGACGGCGACCCGAACAACUAGCCAACCAUUGUUGCAUACGCCACCAGCAGCUCCAUCAAGCACAUCAUCCAUUUCGCCAGCCUCAUCACCACAGCCAGCCGCAGCUGUACAAACAUCCACACAUUCGCAACAGCAUCAUCAACAACAAGA